UUGAUUUAAGCUAUUUGGGUUUAACCAUGCCACCAACACCUUUGGAAGGUAAUCAGCCCAAUAUGAGUAAUGGUUUACCUCCAGAUGGAUCUCUUUCUUUAUCUGUUCUGAUUGACUUUAUUGUGCAACGUACUUAUCAUGAGCUUACAGUUCUUGCUGAAUUGUUGCCUCGUAAACCUGACAUGGAACGUAAAAUUGAAAUUUAUAAAUUUUCAAAUCGAACAAGACAGCUAUUUGUUCGGUUAUUAGCCCUAGUAAAAUGGGCUAAUAGUGCUUCCAAAGUAGAUAAAUCAACUCAAAUAAUGGGAUUUCUUGAUAAACAGUCGUUGUUGUUUAUAGACACUGCUGACAUGUUAUCUCGAGUUGCUCGUGAGACUGUUGUUUCUGCUCGAUUGCCCAAUUUUCAUAUACCAUCAGCAGUUGAAGUUCUAACUACAGGCACUUUUUCACGGUUACCGGCUUGUAUUCGUGAACGUAUUGUUCCCCCAGAUAAAAUCACACCAGCUGAAAAACGUGAGACAUUGCUUCAACUUAAUAGAGUUAUUCAACACCGAAUGGUUUGCAGUAAUUUAAUUAAUGAAAUGAGUUGCAAAAAAGUAGCCAACGGCAGAGUAACGUUUCGAGUGGAAAAUGAGUUUCAAGUUUCCUUAACGCUGAUGGGAGACAACCCGAAUAUACCAUGGAGAUUAUUAGACAUUUCGAUAUUGGUUGAAGAUAAAGAAACUGGAGAAGGAAAACCCUUGGUACAUCCGCGUCAGGUGCAAUAUAUUCACCAAGUUGUUCAAGCAAGAUUAUUGGAAUGUUGUAGUACAGGAGGUGAACCAUUGACUCAAGUCUAUAUGGUUUUACACUAUUUUUGUCAAUCUUUGCAGUUAGAAGUACUAUUUUCACAAACCAGAGCUUUGUAUAAAGAUCGACUCGAAGGCCAUAUACACAUAACAGAGUAUACAGCUGGUAAGUGUCUAGUAGUUUCUUAUUGGAGAGAACUUUCGCGUAGUGUAUCUGAACAAUUUGGAUACUCGUUGACAAUCUAUGUAGAUGAUAAAGAGCCUAAUAAGCCAUUAGGUAUUUUACAUUCGCCAUCUCUUGGUACAAAAGAUGCAGAGAUAACAGAAAAGUCAAUUGGUACGGAUUCAUUAUCAAUGGAAAGAUUAUUAGUACAUACAAUUCACGUACGUACAAAAAUACGUCUUUCUGAACUAAAAGUAGAAUUAGAAAAUUUGUUAAAAGAUGUGGAAUGCACUUUACAAGGUUCACCUUCAAUUUUAUCAGUUGCAAUACUUAAUCCAUGUUUACGGGCUGAACAAUUAUUGAUAACGGUUGACACACAUACUGGUAUGCUUCAAUGCCAUGUUCCUGAGUUCAGUCCUCCCAGUAUGGUUGUAUUGCAGCAAGCACUGAAUAAUGAGCAUAGUAAGGUACCUUUACUUAUAAGUGAUUUAAGAUUUUGGAUUACUCAACGUCGAUGUGAAACAACUUUACAACAUCUUCCUGGAACGGCUUAUGAAAGAUUACCAUUGUUACAUCAUGCGGAUCAUCCUAUGUCAAAAAUAAGUCGACAUCGGAUGUAUAUAAAAUUGCAUAAAAUUUCAAAUAUGAUAUUGAUUGUUGAGUUUGCUGAAAAUGAAAAAUCUCCUUGUAGAAUUGAGUAUAAGUUUUAUCUAGCUAAUGUCAAAAAAUCAUCAAUUGAAGAUAAUCCUAAUGAUGAAACUAUUGAGGUAGACAUACCAAAAAUGUAUCUAAAGGUUAUGACACUAUUGACAAUUGAAAAAUUUGUAGCUACACAUGGUCCAUUUACAGCUGUUAUUGAAGAAGACCAAGAAAAAAUGGAUCCAAAUAGUCGUAAAAGGGUUAUUGUGCGUCCAGAUAAACCAAGGAAAUUACUUAAACAUCCAGCUUACUUUAUACCAGAACUUGCCCAUAUUGUAGCCUUGUGUGACGAACGACUGCCAUUUACUGUACUAGCUCAAGAAUUAACAAAAUGUGGUAUCAGUAAUCAAGGUGUUCAAGUUGAAGCAAAUGCUACAACUUUUGUUUUAAAAAUUUUAUCAUUACCACCUCCAUCUGGUAUCGAAGCGACAAAUCCCAAAUGGAUAUCAUUAUGCAAGCGACUCCUGUCCAUAUCGAUACGUGUAUAUGGUAAAGGCUCAACUCGAUGUUGGACGACUGAAUAUGUGUUUUAUGGAAGUCCCUUACCUAGUAGACAUAGUCGAGAACAAGGAGCUAGGCGACCAGUUUACAUUAAUUAUGAUGUCAGUGUUGCUGAAAAUAUGGCAAAAACAGUAGAAACAAUUUUGAAUGAUUGGGCCCAGAUUGUACAUUUAUACUUUUUAGUGGAAGACUUGUCACCUUACUUACAAUCUGAAAAAAAUAACUUAGCAUCAAUGAUUAGUAUAAAGAGUUAUAAUUAUUUAAAACUAGUUAUAGGAUAUGGUACUCAUAGACGUUCUACAGCCACUAUUCAAUGGAAUUCAUCAAGCUGUAAAUUUAAUAUAGUGUUCGGCUCUCUAAAUAGCAGCAUUAAUCCUCAUAAUUUAAUUAAAGAACAAUUUGAAGGUUAUUUGAACAACAAUAAAAAGCUAUCUUUGCUUAUACAUGAAAUGCUUGAUACGCUAAACCCCCUUACUGCUAUUUGUAAGUUACCAUCAAUACCACAACUUUGUGUUCUACAAGUCAGACCACAAGUACCAGUGAUUACAUUUGGAGUAGUCGCUAAUUCAACAAAUUUACUUAAAGUUAUUUAUGAAGGACAGUAUUGCUUAGAAAUCACAUUACGGUGGGGAAAUUUAGUGAGCAUUAGAGAUGGAGCUUAUAGUAGAUAUGAUCGUACGUCUGUAAUUUCUGAGUAUACACCAACACCGGGAUUAAAAGCAUUUUUAUCCAAAUAUGUAGACGAGACAAAUGUGUUUAGACGACGAUCACAGUCUGAAGAUGAUAACCCUCCUUCACCAAUCACUAUGGAUAAUGUGGAAGGUAACUUUUUGAGUUCCUCGCAUAGAGGCCCUCAGUCACCUGCACAAGGUUUACGGUUUCACUCUACUGGUAACACAACACCUGGAAGUAAUCCGCAUACACCAGCAAGUCCACAUCCUGCAGUGGGUGUGUCGAGCAUGUCUCAAAAUUCACAACAGCAAUUUAACAAUAGCCCGGUGACAUCAUUUAACUUGGCAUCUCCACCAUCAGCUAUUAACCCUUCCCCUUCAAUGUUACCACACCCUUCACCAGGUUCAAGUUUAUUAGCUAGUUCUCCUUCUAACCCUCUACAUGUACCUAGUCCAGCAGGAAUGUUACCAAACUCAUCACCAGGACCAGGCUCAGGAUUUGGAUUGAGUUCUAGUACACAUCCACCAGAAGUGAGUCCAUUUCAAUCUCAAAGCAUGACAUCACCUGCUGCAUCAAAUUGGCCUGGUUCUCCCGGUUUACCUCGUCUGUCUCCAGCUAGAGCUCAGGGACAAUCACCUGCGGGACAUUCUUUACAAAGUCCUGAUCAUAAGAGUGGAUACGGCCAUACUUCUAGAGUGCUUCCUCAAAAGUCUUGGGCUGGGGCAGUUCCUACCAUUAUUACUCAUGAAGCAUUGAAUGCAUUAUGUACACCAACAGCACAUCCACAAGGACUCCCUGCUCCCAAACAGUGUCCUUUAGAAAGAUUUUUAGGUUGUGUUUAUAUGAGAAGAAAUCUACAAAGAUUUGUUCAAACUGAAGAAAAUCUGAUUGCUCUGAGUUCCUCCGAACCAGGUGUUGUAAAUUUCAAAGUUGAAACAUUGCAAUGUCGAGCUUUUAUUAACAUGCAACAUUUCCAGUCAUUACAUUUAAAAAUAUCAUGUAUUCCAGAACAAAAAGAUCCAUGGAAUGUCGAAGAGUUAAAUAUUUUAGAAAAGUUUUUUGAAAGUAAAGUAGCAAUACCACCUUGUAAGCCAAAUACAUUACUUGGGUUCACUAGAAUGUUGAAUUGCCCGUAUACAGUACUCAAGGACUUCAUACAAAUAAUCAAAUUAGAAAUGAUUCCUGGACUUAUUCAACAACAACAAAUGAAAUGGACAGUUCAAUGGUGUCUAAGAAUACCACCAUCAGCAACUCCAAUUGUGCCUGUUGGCAAAGAAGCACUUUUGAUUUGUAGAAACAAAAUUUUAUUUUUUUUACAAAUCACUAGAAUUGGAAUAACAUACAAUAGUAAUGAAGUUCCUUCACUAGUCUUACCUCUGGUGUAUGAUACUGCUACUAAUCUUACACAACUUGCUGAAAAGAGAGACGCUGGUCCAGCAUCAGCAAUAUCUGCUGCUAGUCUUCAUAUGAAGAGGUUUGCUGAAUUUGCUCUCAAUCACAAUGAAUGUUCUAUUUUUCCAGCCAUUCGAGAUUUAAUGUCAAACUUUGUUCUUCCAUCCGAACCCCAACCACAAAUGUCACCUGCGUCUAUGAACAUGCAUCCGCAAAUGACUCCUGGAGGUCCAGUUCCUUCACCUUUAAUGGGACAACACAUGAUGAAUCAAAAUCCUAAUAUGGUUGGUCCAAAUCCUAAUUUGGGUGGUCCAAAUCCUAAUAUGGUUGGGCAGAACCCCAAUAUGGUUGUACAAAACCCAAAUAUGGUCGGGCCGAACCCUAAUAUGGUUGGGCAGAACCCUAAUAUGGUUGGACAAAAUCCAAAUAUGGUUGGACCUGGUUGUAACAACUAUGGUAAUGUUCCAAUGUCAGCUAUGGGACCACAACAUGGUAUGAUGCCAAAUCAUCAGUGACAUAAAGCUUAUUAUUCAACGUUAUAAACUUAUUUAUAAAUAAUGUUAAAUUACAUUUCUUUUUAAAAG